AUGCACAGUUGGCAAAAUGAGCGAUUACUCGUGUGCCCCCGAGGACAGGACGCCUCCAGCGCCACACAGGCCCCUGGCUGCACCGCACCCUCGGCCCCACACGGCUCCCUGCUGAAUGAGUCCCGGCCUGUGGGCUCCCGCUGCCAGGGUCACCCCUCCCCAGGUGGGGUAAACGAGCCGAGCCGUGCUGAGUGCGCCAAGCCCGACCCAAAGGGGCGCCCCGUUGGCUACAAGGAGUCUCCGUCUAGGAAUCGGGGGCCCCCGGAAUCGGGGUCCCCUCGGAACCGGGGUCCCCUCGGAACCGGGGUCCCCUCGGAACCGGGGUCACCUCAGAAUCGGGGGCCCCUCGGAACCGGGGUCCCCUCGGAAUCGGGGUCACCUCAGAACCGGGGUCACCUCAGAACCGGGGUCCCCUCAGAACCGGGGUCCCCUCGGAAUCGGGGUCACCUCAGAAUCGGGGCCCCUCAGAACCGGGGUCCCUCGGAACCGGGGUCCCCCGGAACCCGGGUCCCCUCGGAACCGGGGUCCCCUCGGAACCGGGGUCCCUCGGAACCGGGGUCCCCUCGGAACCGGGGUCCCCUCGGAACUGGGGACCCUCGGAACCGGGGUCCCUCAGAACCGGGGUCCCCUCGGAACCGGGGCCCCUCGGAACUAGGGACCCUCGGAACCGGGGUCACCUCAGAAUCGGGGGCCCCUCGGAACCGGGGUCCCCUCAGAACCGGGGUCCCUCGGAACCGGGGUCCCCUCGGAACUGGGGUCCCCUCAGAAUCGGGGUCACCUCAGAAUCGGGGCCCCUCAGAACCGGGGUCCCCUCAGAAUCGGGGCCCCUCAGAACCGGGGUCCCCUCAGAACCGGGGUCCCCUCGGAACCGGGGUCCCUCAGAACCGGGGUCCCCCGGAAUCGGGGUCACCUCAGAACCGGGCCCCUCAGAACCGGGGUCCUCUCGGAACCGGCGCCCCUCGGAACCGGGGUCCCUCAGAACCGGGGUCCCUCGGAACCGGGGUCCCCUCGGAACCGGUGUCCCCGCAGAACCAGGGCCCCUCGGAACCGGCGCUCCUCGGAACCGGGGUCCCCUCGGAACCGGGGUCCCCGCAGAACCAGGGCCCCUCGGAACCGGGGUCCCUCGGAAUCAGGGCCCCCUCAGAAUUGGGGUCCUCUCAGAACCGGGGUCUGGGGCCUCUUGGAAUCGGGGUUCCCGGUCCUCCCUGUCUCCUCCCUGGCCGGGCCUCCCUGCGACCCAAGCUCGUGGUGCCUUCGGCCGGCCCGUGGCGCUGGUUUGGUGAGGUCACGCCCGGAGGGAGAUAG